GGCUAGAACGGCUUGGAAGGAGAAAGGCAGAGGACUUCGUUGCAGGUUCGCGCGUUGGUCCGGGGAAAGACCGUUACCCCUCCCCCUCCUUUAUGCGUCUUUCCCAUUAAAUGUGGGUCCGGAUCAAGCGCCAUGCCUCUGGAAGUAUUGAGUGGGCCCCUUAGGGUGGCAAAGAACUCUCUGCCCAACCACCUGCAGAAAGUCGGUCUCGCGCAUUUGCAGCUGGGGCGCGACUAUGCGAACCAAUACAUUCAGGGAUCAUUUGUUACAUCCCAUCAAUUGAUUAAUCUUGGAAAUGGGACACCUUUCUUCAAGAUAGUACUUCAAGAAUCAGAAAACUCAUCUUCCAGGAAUAGCAGCAUCUAUAUUUUAAUAUUUGGGAAACUGGCAGAAGAUUGUGCCAAAGUUGUCCAACAAGGGAAAGUUGCUCCCAUAUACACAUACACUCCUCUGAAUCAGCUUAAAAAUGAAAGUGUGGUCAACCUGUAUGGGGCUGUGAAAUUCUUCAAGCCUCCAUAUUUAAGCAAAGGAACUGAUUAUUGUUCAAUGGUGACCAUUGUAGAUCAGUCCAACGUAACGUUGGUGUGUUCAUUUUUUAAGGCAUUCAAAGAUGCCCUUCCACAAAUCUACAGGCUUGGAGAUAUUGUUCGAUUUCACAGAAUAAAGAUCAAAGAAUUUAAUCACAGGAUGCAAGGCACUUCAGGCCCUGGAUUUAGUUCACUUACAUUUGAUGGUAACAUUGGAGCUCCAGUGAUUCCCCGAACAUCUAGUAAAACAUUUUCAUUUACGGAUGAAGAUAGAAAAACCGUAGAAGACUUGCGAAUUUGGGUGGCAAGUAAUCUUCUCAGUCUGCCUCCCAUGAAAAAAUUAUCUGAAAUUUAUCCACCAAUGUUUUUUGAAUUCACUGGCAAAUUAAUAGGAAAAGCUAAAGUGGAUGGAUCUUCUUAUCUUCUCAAGGUAUGGGAUGGCACAAAAUGCCCUUUCCCAUCUUGGAAUGUGUUUGUUAACGAAGAAGACUUAGAGGGAGAUGAAUGCGUUCUCCGUCGAUUAAAAUACGUAACUGUGGAUGUUGUAGCUUAUGAUAAUCAUGUGCAUCUGGCAAAACUAUUAAAGUAUUAACAGAUCACCAGCACUUUGAUACAACUACACUGAAUACUAUCCAAAUGAGCACCAUCCCUCAAAACUAUCGCAUCAGAGCUCGGCUGCUUAAAUUUGAACCUGAGAAGCUCUAUCAGUCUGUAAAGCUUCAUUGCCCUCAGUGCCAUGCAUUGCAAGAAAUCCCAGAUGAGUCUGAACUUGAUUCAAUUUUACGAGAAGCUUCAGUGACGUGUUUAGAUUCAAACUUGCAAAGCACUUCAUUCUGCAGUUCUACUGUGUGGCGGGCUGAAAAUCAGGAACCACGGAGGGUAGCUGUUCAUUUUGUGGCACACAAUGAACUAUUUCAUGAUCCAGAGGACACUUUAGUUUUUCUAGAAGGAGGGACUCGAAAUGAAAUCUUGACGUUCACUAGCAAAUUUAAAGGAAUUAUACCAGUGACAGCCAUAGAAGACUCUCUUGCGCUUUUGGAUCUUUCAGUUCCAUAUUUUUGGGAAGGAAACAUGCAGUAUUAUGGGUGCAAGCACUGUUCCAAACCUAAGGCUAUGGAAAGUCUGGCUGGUCUUGCUUCACAGGACAAUCCAUCUUGGGAACAUACUUCUAUAGCACAAGAGUUAGGAAUUGUACCUCUCGAGUACGUCUUCGUGAUGAAGUUUACAUUGGAUGAUGGAACAGGAACAUUGGAUGUAUAUCUCCUGGACACUAUGACUUUCCAUGGCUUGAAUGCUUCAUCAAAUCUUACUAUAUCCGAGAUGGAACAGAACACAGACGUUGCUAUCAAAUUUUUGAUACUACAGUUGCGGAAGGUAUCUGAGAUCUAACUGCUGAGAAGAUCCAAAGGUUACCUUUAUUUGAAUAAAUAAGCAGAAGAGUUUUUUUUUAAUGUAUGUUUCUAUCAUGUUCAUAAAUAAAGAACUUACCUGAGAGU